AGACAACUUGACAUGCUGAAACCACUUCUUCUCCAAACAACGUCUUCACCAAACUAAAAGCGUCUGCGCUCUUAAACAAGCUAAAUUGUUCUUCUUCGACGCAUCAAGGAUGGAAACUGAGGACUCAGUAAUUCAAUUAGCCUCUUGGGAGCUGCCAGUUUUUUCGUCGAAAGCACAUGUCUUUCAAAUCGACCCAGCGACGAAGAAAAGCUGGAUACCUUGCUCUAAACAGGCUGUUACCGUCUCAUUUUAUUAUGACAAGACUAAGGAAACACAUCGUAUUAUUUCUGUGGAUGGAACCAAGGCCAUCAUCAACAGCACUAUAUUUCCCAACAUGAAUUUCACCAAAACAUCCCAGAAGUUUGGCCAGUGGUCUGACCCUAAGGUGAACAGUGUCUAUGGAUUAGGAUUUCCAUCUGAGGCAGAAUUAAAUAAGUUCGCAGAAAUGUUCAAAGAAGCGAGAGGAUCCACUUCAUCUCUAGCUAACACAAGCAGACCAUCAAGUGGCACAUCAUCACCACAAACCACUGGAAUAUCAACAAACACUUCUCAAAUUAAUGGUGUACGAGACUCCCCCACACCACAGGGAACCCAUACAUCAUCCAUGAAGAGUGGCUCUUCAACCAGCAGUAAUGAGGAAGAAAGAGAAGGUAUCAGCCAUAAACCAGUUGGCAACACAGAAGCACAGCUGAAAUAUGAGAAUGAUAGGCUYAAGAUGGCUCUUGCACAGAGCUCAACAAAUGCCAAGAAAUGGGAAACAGAGUUACAAACAUUAAAAAAUAACAAUGCAAGAUUGACUGCAGCAUUGCAGGAAAGUACUGCAAAYGUAGAGGAAUGGAAGAAACAGUUGAAUGCUUACAAGGAAGAAAGCUUGCGRCUGAGAAAAAAGGUACAGGAGAUGGAGUCAUCUGAUGUCAAUACUGACAUGUUUAACAGCUUGACACAGGAUAAAAUGGCUUUAGAAGGCAGAAUAAUUCAUUUAGAAAGUGUAACAAGAGAAAGAGAAGAGGAGGUAGCAUUGUUAAGACACACCAAUACAGAACUCACUAGCCAAGUAAAGGUUAGUACAUCAUCUAAAAAAAAUCAUGAUUUAGUCUGACUUAUAAGAGGCAAUGAAGAGGCUGGGAAUUUGAAGACAAAUGCUUUUCUGACAACAUUGUCGAGAACAACUGUGACAAAGAGAGGACAUUUUGAAUUUGUAUUAUAUUUGAGUAAUCCAGUACUCAUCACUGAACUUCUAUUGUUGUUGUCUGUCCAUCAUUUUUGCAAUCAGUCACAUAAUUUGUUCCAAUCAAUGCAUGAAAACCCAAAUAUUUUAUCUUUAUGGAGAACUCAGUUUGGAGAGUUUUUCCAGGAGUUCUCAAUAAAGAUAAAUUAUAUAAAGAUUGGCUUUAACCAAACUAUUUUCAACAUAUUCUCAGCUUAUUCCUUCCUUGGGCACAUCUCUAUAUCAAGUAAAAUCAUACAAAUUUUUAUCAACUAACACAGGUGUGYCGAGAAGAAAAUGAGGGWCUCCAGAAGAAAGUACAAGAWCUUGAAGUGAAGUUAUCAGAAUCAAACCUCCAGGCAUCUGCAGAGCAGUUAAACUCCCUUCAUCAGGCAAUUAAAUCAAAGCUAGAUGAAUUAAAUACAUUAAAUGAAAGUAUCCCUACAAUGGUAAAGAACUCCUGAAGAAUCAAAUAKAAAGAUUUAUUUGCAAUUAUUAAUCCGAAAUCUACAAAGCUGUUAAUUAUAGUUAUUUUCUAUAAUAGUUUAUAGGGAUGUCUUUGUCUUCAAUAGAAAUAAGACACAUAGUGUUUCGCAUUAUAUCGGACGCAGGGUGCAUUAUUGUCAGUUUGCGGUGUGUGUCUUGGAAAUGAGGCCUCUCAGGUGUCUAUAAAUAAGGUGUGUCUGAAAGGGUAUCUGUCUUCCAAAUUUACAUCAGUCUAAGCAUGACCUGAUUUUGGGUAACAAAGAGAUUGUGUGAGGUGUGAAUCAAAGGGAAGUCUUAAGGGUCUUUGUUCUUGGUCAGUUAGGAGUCUUUAUCUCUGGAGAUGUCUGGCUUAUCACAAUAGAGCUCUKAGAGACUUCCUCACAGCGUACUGGCUGGCUCUUUUUGGGGGGAGGGGAGGGGGCUGGAAGAAUGGUAAGAGAAAAAGGAGAAAGUUCCUCCUCCCCCCUUCCCACAAAAACUGCCAACUACUCAGCCUGUAUCUGUAAUUGAGAGACAUCCAUUGCUGUGUGUCGUGUGACAAGUUUAUAUCCAAACAAAAUGAUAGUGUUAGUGACAUGGAUUAUUAUUAAUAUAUAUAUAUAAAUAAUUAUUAUUAGUUAUUAUUAAUUUGCAUGUUAUGUAAUUAUUAUGAUUUAUGCAUAAAGUCUAAAUUUUGGAAACGCCAUAGCCAUUGUCAUAUAAAUGGAAAUUUAGUUUUCCAUUGUUAUGUUCAGCGUGUAAUCUUCCAUAUUGUGAGAAUGAAAUGAGAGGCUAUCAUUAUCCAAUCAUCAUAUCCAAAUAUUCUUAUAAUAAUUAUACAACAUGUAGUUCCUUAUUUGUACUAAUUCCAUGGCAUGUAAUUAAAUUUCAAAAUCAAAACAGGUGUAUUUUGAAGGCAUUAAUGUUUAUGCUUUUGCCUAGAAGGGCGUCAAAUUUAAGGGUAUUUUUCAUAAAAAUUAUUAAAACUCACAGAUAAUUUGUACUAAUAAGUUAGUAGCAAUACAUUCAAAGGGAAAUUCAAUGGUAGAGUAAAUACCAUAUAACCAAGAAAUACAUGUCUAAAAAUGUAUCAUCUAGUUUGCAGUAGUAUAUAAGAAUUGUUAAACUGGCAGUGUGGUAGAGUGCAAGUGUUUGACCAGUGUGCAAGUCUCUCAGUUGUCAUAGAAUCAGUGAAAUGUUUCAUUGAUAUAUGUAUGACAUGCACUCUGGGUCAAUAUGAUUGUAGAUAGGUCAUAAUAUGAGUGUAACAAUUGAGUCAAAAUGCAGAAAAUGUAAAUAUAAUAAUACUAAAGAUUU